AUGGCGGACCCUUUCAAGACUCUGGAUGUUGCCUCGCGCUCCGAAAUAGUUGACGCCAACGCUCCGUUGUCUGUGUCUCAACACCAAUACCACAUAGCAGGGAUACUCACGACAGUUUUCGGUCUUGACGAACUGCCAUCGGAGGGGUCAGAAGUCGCCUGUCUCUGGCUACUACAUCCGAGGCUGGCUAGUCAAGAACGCAUGACUAGUAUCGCCACGGCAGUCAUCGCCGACUGGAACGCCAAGAUGCCUCGCUCCGAGUCUGGCUAUACCCGCAAAGGCCUGAUAGCUGUAGCGUUCGACCAGAGAAACCACGGGACAAGGCUUGUUGAUCCCCUAGCUAAUGAAGCUUGGAAACAAGGGAAUCCUCGUCACGCGCAAGACAUGUUUUCAAUCUUUCAGGGUACUGCUCGCGAUGUAUCCCUCCUGAUCGACUAUAUUCCUUCUUUUGUCUUUCCCAAGUCAGAACGCCAAAUAUCCGAUAACCUGGUACUGGGUGUCUCUUUGGGCGGGCAUGCUGCCUGGAGCUGUAUUCUGCAUGAGCCGCGCGUAAGUGCGGGCGUUGUCAUCAUUGGCUGCCCGGACUAUGUAAACCUCAUGGCCGAUCGCGCAAGAUUGUCGAAGCUGCCAUCGUGGACAGAGAGUGAAGCUCCUGGCUCCAAGUUUCUGGGAUCCGAGGAUUUCCCAUUCUCGUUGCUGGACGUGAUGGGCCCAAUGCUGGGUAUCAGUGCUCUCCGCAGCGAAUCGUUGCCGAUGCCUACAGAGAGUGAGCAGGCCUCUCUACGCCCUUUAUUCGAGCGGUGCUUGGCAGGAAAGAGAAUCCUCAACCUGUCUGGCGGUGCGGACAAAUUGGUGCCUUACCAUCGGGGAAGCGCAUUUUUGACUUGGUUGAAGCAAGCAAUCUCACCUAAUGGCUGGUUUGCUGGUAAGGCGGUUACCCUCGAAGACAUUAUUGAUGAGAGCGCAGGCCACGAGGUGACUCCGAAGAUGGUCGAUGAGGCAAUCCGGUUCAUUCAUGAGACGCUCGAGACCGAUAGCGCUGGUCCUAGAACGGGCUCCGUACGAGAAACUAAGAUAUAG